GGCUCGACGUUGCCAACAUCACGAUACGCCCAAUCCAAUACUACACCCCACGUCGACACACUUCGCAACUCCCCAUCGAAGGUAUUCAAGAUGUCGUCUGGCAAGGUCAAGUCUACCCAGCUCUGGGACAAGUCCAAGGACGACCUGCUCAAGCAGCUCGGCGAGCUCAAGACUGAGCUCGGUCAGCUCCGCGUCCAGCAGGUCGCUUCGUCUGGCAGCAAGUUCAGCAAGAUCCACGACAUCCGCAAGUCGAUCGCCCGUGUCCUGACCGUCAUCAACGCCAAGCAAAGGUCCCAGCUUCGCCUGUUCUACAAGAACAAGAAGUACGCUCCCCUGGACCUCCGCCCCAAGCAGACCCGCGCCAUCCGCAGGAGGCUAUCACCCGAGGACAAGGCCCGCGUGCUGGCGAAGACCAAGAAGCGCCAGUCGCACUUCCCCCAGCGCAAGUUCGCCGUCAAGGCCGCCUAAAUAUCCCACACAUCAUUUGCAGUUCCUGGAGUGACGGCUGGACGAUCAAACGAAAUCGGGUAGAAAAGGGUUUAUUUACCGGCAUGGGGUCUGGCAUGGCGCGUGCUUUUUAUUCUCUUUUGAUCUGACGGACGCAAUCUCGAGGCAGGUUGGAGACUAGCAGAGGAGUUCCUCGCUCUUGGUUCGGCUUGUACAUUGUCCAGUCCCGGCCUUGCGCCUCGUUGGGCCGGGAUAGGUUGCGUCCACGGUGGGUGGACUACAAGAGCAUGGUCUGCUUUCACCGAAAGAAAAAAUAAAUGAGGUCACGAUCACCAUUGCGUGCCCAUU